UGUGGUUGCAGUGGAAACACAAACUAGCUUUGAAGACCUACAACAAGGUGAACAGAAACAAACCCAGCAAGUUCUCACUAGCAAUUCCGUUAAGGACGAUACGGCCAGUUGGACUCAACAAAGCUCGAGCAGUCUUCAGUUGAACUCGUACCUAGAAAAUGAGCCUGUGCAGCCACAAAUGCUCACUGAUUCACCCGACUUAGAACAACAAGGUUUGAUUGACGAAUCAGUUUUUGAUGCUGAAAUUCCGAUGCCGAAGAGGCCACCGCAGCACUACAAUGAGCUCAAACUUGACCACGUGGUGUGUGCUGACGUAAUUGCUGAAGUCAAAGAGCCCCAAGCCGUACGCGCGUUGGACGUGCAUCCAACUGGAAACCAUCUCGCUGUCGGUACUAAUGCACGUGCGCUACGAGUCUUUAAUUUAUCAACCCCGUUACAGCAGCGACAAGAGCAAUUAUCCUGGUCUUCUCCGCUUAACUCGAUAUUACCAUUACUCCCUGUCUCCCUUGAAAGACACAAGCAUCAUGACUCGGGGAUUUAUUGUGUUGCCUACAAUCACCAUUUACGCAAUUCCAAUGCCACUUCGAUGAUCGCAUCAGGUGCAGCCGAUGGGUCCGUGAAGGUGUUGGUAACGACGGUUAGAGAUCCAGUACAGAGGCAACAAGUCGACGAAUUCUGGAUACAACGAGGCGACAUUAACGGAGCUAUGGGCAAGACUCGAGCACUGAAAUUUUCGUCGUCUCAUCUACUAUGGACUACGUCAACAAACGAUCGUCGCUUAUGUUGUUGGGAUAUUCAGCGAGCUCAUAGGAGCUCAAAAUCGAGUCCCUUUCAGACUCUUGAUGGUCAUGUUGGGGAGAUUCAGACGAUUGCUAUGCCGUAUCCUUCAACGUCAGCGUCGCCAAGUACCUUAUUGCUUAGUGCAGCCCUCGAUAAAACGGUUCGACUGUGGGACACUCGCAGUAGACGUUGCGAGCGUUUGGUGACGUCUGGAGUCCACGCUGCCUUUGCACUGGAUUUCCACCCAAAUGAUGAUACUCGGAUAGUCUCUGGCCACCAAGACGGCAACAUUUCUCUAUGGGAUCUGCGAUCUACCGCACGAGAGGCAUUACAGACUCUUGCGUCCCACCAAAACGAAUGUCGAUCGGUGCGCUGGUCUCCUGGAGGCCAGUGGCUGCUCAGUGCCGCUUUCGACGGUACACUUUGCAUCAUGCAAGUCUCCAGCUCAUCGCUACAGCCUGUCGCUAGUUACCACAAACAUUCCGGAAAGGUAUUGCAAGCACAAUGGCAUCCAACUGAACCAGCAUUCGUGUCCUCAGGCGCAGACAAGCGGGUCAAGCUCUGGGCCUUCGCAUGA